CAAUAAGGAGUGGUGAGAGGAGGAUAACAAGAAAAAAAAAAAGACUAAAAAACGCAGAGAGGAGAGAGCGGAAAGGUGAUAAACGGGGAAAGAAAAGAAGAAGCAUGAGGAAAAGUGGAGAGGAGAAUGACAAGAGGAGACGAGAGGAGAGAGAGGAGGCUGGUUUGGAGAAGGUCGUUGGCGGCGCUGCGGAGCCCGUCCGCUCCGGCGCUCGUCAUCUUCCAGCCCCUCCGCCGAAACGUGACUCAACCUUUUAUUUAUUCCGUCACGUUUAAAUCCCCCCUGAACAAGAUGUAGAUCAGAGCCCUGUCUGCACAUACCGAGCCGUUUACUGUCCUUAUCGCGCAGCGGAGUCCGCCGCCCGCCCGGCCCAGGCUUUUCAUUUCUUUUUCUUUUUUUUAUUUUUCCCUACCACUGGAAGACAUCGCUACAUGUUAGGAAAAAAUGUUGUGCCAAUUUGAUUUUUCUUUUUGAUUUUUUUUUUUUUUGUAAAUUCUCGCCGUUUCCAUCUGGAGAUCGCGGGAAGGGGACACGGAAGAGGGAAUUAAAAGCCUUUUUUCGACUUCACUUUGCAGCUUUAAAUACCCUUUAAAAGCCGCGACGCGUGCGGGUGCUGCGGAGACGGACGGACGGACUGCGAACAGAUUCAUGCUGCCGUGCUGCGUGUAGCGAGCGCGCUCUGGAAUUGCACGAUGAGCACGGAACGACCCAAGAGGAACAUCAUCCACAAGAAAUACGAUGACAGCGAUGGCAUCCCCUGGUCUGAGGAGCGAGUGGUGCGAAGGGUGCUGUACCUCUCCCUGAAGGAGUUCAAGAGCUCCCAGAAAAGGCAGCUUGGGGAAGGCCUUGAUGUGGGGAUCAAGAACACUAAUGGAUCUUUGGCAAACGGCCAGCACAGCGUCAACAGGUCGGCGCCGAAAGGAGGCCCGUUGGCGGAAAAUGACAAGGAGGACUCUCAGGUGUCAUCGCAAAGCAGCGACUAUUAUGAAGACGAGCCAGUGAGGAAGAGACCAAGGCUGCAGGCCCAAAGAAAGUUUGCCCAGUCGCAGCCAAGCUCCCCCAGCAUGACUCCGGUGAAGGUGGUGGAAGUGUCUCUACCCGCUCCCGCGACUCGGAUCAGCGAGCUGUCAAAGCUCAAACCCAAGACGGAGGACUUCCUGACGUUCCUCUGUCUGCGAGGCUCUGCAGCGCUGCCUCAUACCAUGAAGUACUUUGGCAGCCCUCGCAAUGAGGAUGAUGCAGAGGAUGAGGAGGAAGAACAAGAGGAUGUGAAGCCCGAAGCCAGCACUGCCUCAGCAUCCUGCCCAUCGACGCCCCGGAAGGCCAAACUCUCUGGAAAGCACAUCACCAGUGAACAUGCUGUCAACGGUCACUGUAGGGCGUCGGAGGAGAGGGGAUCCACCGCUAAUCACAGGGGCAAGGAGGCCAUGCCAGGAAAGGAGAAGGAAGAGUUGGCAGAUGUCCGUAAAGAGCCAUCGCAAGGCUCUGCAGCAGCUAGUCCUGUGAAAGAGCUGGCCCGGGGCACUAUCGCUAACGGCCUCCGCCAUGCCACUCCCGCCAAGGAUCACCGCAAGCAGGUUUCAAAAGCAAACGAGCUCCUACGGACGUGCUCCGCUGGCACCGUUGCACCCUGUGCCAAAAAGACCAGAGGCUUCUCUCCGUUGCCAUCCAAAACUGUGAAGUACACAGCCAUCGUGACAAAGGGCCACGUCACCUACACCAAAGCACAGAAAGAACUGGCCAAACAUGCCAAAAUGAAACGCAGCAAACGCGUCGCCACCCACCCGCCGCACCCCGGCCGUAACUGCCACAGUAGCCCCGCUCACUGUCGCCUCCACCACUCCAACUCAGGAAAAGCUCGAAGUAGCAAUGCAAAAACUCGCAAGCGGGUGCUGUUAUCUGAGAGGGCAUACCGAGUGGCCAACAGGGGCUGCGUGCAGCUCGGCACGAGGCCCAACGGGAGGCUGUAUGCCAAGCAGGUGGCUCAGGGUGGUCGGGAGGGCCUGAGGCCCUCUAAGAGGCAACAGGACGUCAGUCGGGGCGGCCGCCUGCCAGGAAAGCUGAUCUUGGCCAGAGUGGCGAAGCCCAGAGUGCCGCUCGGUACCCCAGAGACACGCAGCAAGAAGGCUGUUCAGGAAAGUCAGGCUGAACCUGGAUGCCAAGGUGACGCAGGGGCCGUGCCUCUGGAUGCACCCAGGCCGCAGCACCAAAGGCCCAGAAGGGCAACGGCUGGGAAGCUGAUGUUUAACGUGCAAGCGCAGCGCGUGGCACAGACCGCCCCAAAAGCGAGUCACCCCACUACCUCAGCGAGCAGGCCUACCCCCAGCCCUGCUCCGGCCCCGCAUCCGACCCCGCCUCCAGCCUCCGGCCCCGCAUCCGGCCCUGCCCCUGCUUCCAUGCCGCACCAAUCAGCAGAGGUCAAAGUGGAGAAGGAGCCAGGCCGGACAGGCUCCUUCACCAUGGCAGAGGUCCUGGUCCUUAGGGCCAGCCCGCAAGAGUUUCAGGAUCCUCUGGUUUACGUGGACUCGGUGCGGGACCAGGCAGAGCCGUACGGGCUCUGCAGGGUCAUCCCGCCUCCCGACUGGCGGCCGGAGUGCAAACUGAAUGAGAACAUGCGCUUCGUAACGCAGGUGCAGCACAUCCACAAGCUGGGGCGUCGCUGGGGCCCCAAUGUCCAGCUGCUCACCUGUAUCAAGAAGCAUCUCAAAUCUCAGGGCAUCGGCAUGGAAGAACCCCCGCUCAUCGGGGGCUGCGAGCUAGAUCUGGCCCGCUUCUUCCAGCUCAUCAACGACAUGGGCGGCAUGCAGCAGGUGACGGACCUGAAGAAGUGGAACAAGCUGGCGGACCUGCUGCGUGUUCCCCGCUCAGCCCAGGACCGCUUGGCCAAGCUGCAGGAGGCCUACUGCCAGUACCUGCUCUCCUAUGACUCGCUAUCGCCUGAAGAGCGCGAGCGGCUGGAGCGCGAGGUCCUGGAGGAGAAGGAGAACCUGGAACGGCGCAAGGGGCCUUUGGAGGGCCACUCGGACGGUGCCCAGUGCACCUUCUCGCUGCCCCGCUACGAGCCCAAGAACGGCCUCAUCAAUGGCGUGGUGCACAAGAGCAGCCCGGGCAGCGGGUGGCAGGAGCUGAGUGGCGUGGCGAAGCGGAGCCGGCGGCGGCUUUUUGCUCGGCAAAACGGCGGGGUCGAGGAGGAGCAGGGUAUCCUCAGCGAGCAGCACAAGUGCGUGUACAAGGGGAGAUCGGUGUCUUUAACCACUUUCUACAGAGCAGCCAGGAACACCAUGAACAUGUGCUUUAGUAAGGAGCCUGGUGCAGUUGAGGUAGAGCAAGAGUACUGGCGCAUCGUGGAACAGAAGGAUUGCCAUGUUGCAGUGCACUAUGGGAAAGUGGACACCAACACGCAUGGAAGUGGCUUCCCAGUGGGAAAAUCAGAACCUUUUUCAAAGCACGGAUGGAACCUCACAGUACUUCCCAAUAACUCCGGGUCCAUCCUGCGUCACCUUGGUGCUGUGCCUGGAGUGACCAUUCCUUGGCUCAACAUUGGUAUGGUCUUCUCUACCUCAUGUUGGUCUCGAGACCAAAACCGCCUCCCAUACAUCGAUUACCUACACACUGGUGCUGACUGCAUUUGGUACUCCAUUCCUGCUGAGGAGAAAACCCGACUGGAGAAGGUGGUACACAAACAGCUGCAGGCCAACGGAACGCCCGGCCUCGAGAUGCUAGAGAGGAACAUCAUGAUCUCUCCGGAAGUGCUGUGUCACGAGGGGAUCAAGGUUCACCGCACGGUCCAGCGGAGCGGCCAGUUCAUCGUCUGCUUCCCCGGGGCCUUCGUGUCCAAGGUGUGCUGUGGCUACAGCGUCUCGGAGACGGUGCACUUUGCCACCAUCCAGUGGCUGAACCUGGGAUACCAGGCUGCUAAGGACCUGAAGAGUCGGCAUAUAGAGAAACCCUUUUCCAUGGAAAAGCUGCUGUACCAGAUCGCAACGUUGGAGGCCAAACGAGAGAAUAAGCACAUUUUUAGCACAAUCGCUUCACUUCUCAUAGAGCUCAGGGAUAUAGAGAUGAGGCAACGGCAGGAGCUUUACGAGGCGGGACUCCUGUCCUCGGCCCGCUACGGCUCGCACGACAACAACCAGCCACCCGCCCAGGGCAAAAGAAAGCCGCGCAAGUGGCUGGCACUUGAGACGUCAGACCGGCGCUGCCAGGUGUGCCAACACCUCUGCUACCUCUCCAUGGUGGUCCAGGAGAACGAGAACGUGGUGUUUUGCCUCGAGUGUGCGCUGUUCUACGUGGAGAAACAAAAGUCCUGCCGAGGCCUCAAGAUGAUGUACCGCUACGAUGAGGACCAAAUCAACAGCCUGGUGAAACAGGUGUGCGGGAAGGCGUCGCUGAGGAGCAACUGCAACGGCGCGGGCACCGGCCGGACCCCAGCGAGGCGCGGCCCGCGCAAACCCACAACGGUGCAGGUCUCCCUUGCCCGCCUGCCCGCCUCUCACCUGUCCAAAGGUGCGGUGGGCGCCUUGUGAAGAGGGCCCCCAAGUGUCCCCGUCACAAUAAUAGAGAGAACUUGCCCUAGCCCACAAGGCGUCUUUUGCACUAGCAUUUACUUGUGUUUUGUAUUUUUACAUUGGUUUCUUCUACAGUUUAAUGGAAAUGUACACACAUGCACAACCUCCACACAGUGGCGGUUGUGUGUUUCCUUGGUGCUGUGGUCUCAUUAUUUGAAAAGCAGGUCAGAGGGUCGACCCCCCUCCUCCUCAUUCAAUGUCUUAGUCAUCAGGCCCUUCCACUGCAAACACACCUGUCCGGGACUGGAGCAAAGGAGUGGAUGUGCUCAGGCUUGAAAACGUUCUCUCACACACACACACACACACAC